AUGGACAUCCAAGCUUCGGUCCAUCCUACCAAAGCUGUCGACGAAUCACUCCGAAUCGAUCAAUUUCCAUCUUUCUUUGAGGAUGCUCGCCUCAAUUAUGCGGAAAAUUUACUGGCAGGGGCGGUCUCAGCUGUGGCGAUAAAACACCUCAGUGAAGAGAACUUAUUCUCACCUCGUGAGGUGACCUGGAAAGAGCUGAAUGAAAGUGUUCGGAAUCUAUCAGAUGCCAUGAGAGCAUCAAAUGUCGCAGCGGGGGACGUCGUUUGCAUUAUUGGGGGUAGCUCGCCUCGAUCGCUCGCAAUCUUCUUGGCUGCAGCAUCUGUUGGAGCAAUUGUCUCUGCAUUCGCCACGGAUGCCGGAGAAAGAGUGUUACUGGAUAGAAUGGGCCAGGUAUGCCCCAAAAUUGUCUUUGCAGAAUCAUCAUACCAGUACAACGGCAAACGAUACAGCAUUUCCGGGCGGAUCACCAAGGUAUUUUCGUCGAUUGAGAAAGCACCAGGUGCGGAGGUCAUCUGCACCUCUGCGACCGUGCCAAACGGAUGGGUGUCCCUGGAAAACUUUCGACAACGGGAGAUGGGAAGACGGCUUCACUUCCGGCAGGUUCCCUUCAACCAUCCCCUUCUAAUCGCCUUCUCUUCAGGCACCACCGGCACCCCGAAAGGCGUAGUCCAUUCCCACGGGGGGAUGGUCAUUAAUGGAAAGAAGGAGAGCCUCCUUCACAAAAAUUUUGGUCCCGAUGACGUCCACUACCAUUAUGCGGGCAUUGGGUGGGUAUUGUGGAACAUCAUGAUAUCGGCCAUGUUUUGCGGCACUACUGUUGUUCUCUAUGAUGGUUCUCCAUUCUAUCCCACUCCGGAGACGCAACUAGCAGCAGUGUUUGCUGCUGGAGUGACAGCCUGGGGUGCCGGCCCUCGGUAUUUCUCUGAACUUCAAAAAGCCGGAGUCAAUCCCAAACCCUACAUCAAAAACCUGAAGUGCAUCCUGUCUGCUGGGGCAAUCCUCACGGAAUCUCAAUCCAAGUGGCUGAAGGAAGCGUUUGGCCCGGUGUGCCAAAUGUCAUUUUCCGGUGGUACUGAGCUCUGUGGCAACUUCCUAGCAGGCCAUAUCGGCAUGCCCACGUACGCAGGCGAAAUGACGGUCAAAGAGCUUGGGACGGAUAUCGACGUGCUCACGUUAGAUGGCAAGCCUGCCAAACCAGGUGAAUGCGGAGAACUCGUGUGCAAAAAGCCAUUCCCCAAUAUGCCCAUCACUUUUUGGAAUGACCCCGGUAGGAAGAGAUAUACCGCGUCAUACAUUUCAACCUUCCCAGGGGUCUGGAGGCAUGGGGACUUUAUCAGGACGAACCCAGAAACCAACGGAUGGGUGAUACUAGGUCGCAGCGACGGCGUGCUCAAUCCGUCCGGUGUCCGCUUCGGCAGCGGAGAGAUAUAUUCCAUCAUCGAGCAGAAGUUCGGUGACAGGGUUGCGGAUUCAAUCUGCGUAGGUCAGCAGAGAGCUCGAGACGAAAGUGAACGUGUGUUUUUGUUCAUCAAAACGGCGACCGAAUUGAAUAUUGCAUCCUUGGAGAGAGAAAUCCGAGCACAAAUUGCGAGGGAUCUGAGUCGUCGCCAUGUACCUCAGUUUGUGUUUUCGGUGCAGGAGAUACCCUAUAAUGCCAACAACAAGAAGCUCGAGAUACCAUUGAAGAAGAUUCUCUCUGAAGGGAGCACGGGGAUGGCAAAGUUGACGUGCCCUGUCGAAGAAAAAUCGGUGUUGAUGCAAUAUCUACCAUUUUACGAGGUCGAAAAGUUGGUGACGAAGAAGACGUCCUCAUUGAGCGCUAGGCUUUAG